UGGAGCAGCUCGCUGUCCCUCACUGAGAUCCCAGAAGGGGACAAGCAAAGAUUUAAACUCAACGUGUCCAAAUGUCCACCCGGACCAGACACUUUCCUCCUUGUCAUCCCCAUAGACUGUGCUUUCUCUGUGGAGCAGAAGAGGACAGUGGAGGAGCACAUGAAGCUGCUGGGGGAGCGGGUUUGGCGGUACACCAUGGUGCUGUUCACCUGUGGGGAUUUCCUCGGGGAGAAGACGAUAGAGCAGCACAUUGAGAGUGAGGGAGAUUCGCUCAAGUGGUUAAUAGAAAGAUGCAGGAACAGGUACCACGUGUUCAAUAACAAGAAGAAGACUGACUCAUCUCAGGUGACAGAGCUGCUGGAGAAGAUAGAUGAGAUGGUGUGGCACAACAACGGCACUCACUACGAGGUAGAUGAACAAACGUUGAACAUCAUCAGAGAGAAGCAAGAAAAAGUGGCUGAGAGGGCGAACGACAGAAGGAGGAGGGCCGAGGAGGAAAGACAACAAAGGAAAACACUCAUUCCAG